AUGGGUCUAUUCAGCAAAAAGCGAAAGGGCUCAACAAAGAAAGGCAAUAAACAUGAAGCCCCGAAAAGAGCGCCAUCGACAUCGGCGGAAAAUAACGGUCGUCACACUGUUGCAAGGCGUAGUAUUAGGGAUAGCGUAACAUCAAACCUGACCUCGGACCAAGGUUCUAGUGUUGCCCCGGGCUCUGCAACCGAUACACACUUUGGGAGCGUUAAGAGGCGGCGUAGUAGUCCGAGUCCAAAAAGACCUAAAAGAAGGCCCAGUGAGAUAGUGAAAUCUAAGAUCGGCAACCUUAACCAUAGCAAACAUCUGCAUCCACCGGAUGAACUGAGAAGCCCGCAAAGUGCUACGGAGUCUAGUCAUACUUCCCCCAAACUCAGCACUAAGAUUAGCGUCUUGAGCAAUACAAAGCCGUGGAACGCGAACACCAACACCAACAGUGACACUGCAGAAGGAGGAAAUCCCGAUAACAAAAGCGACUAUGAAGCCAGAAACUCGAGCGGCAUAUUUUCUACAAUAGUUUCUGCAUGCCAUAACGCAGCAAAUCAUUUGUUGACGAAAACGAGCGACAAGUCAUUUUCCGCAGACAGCCAACCAUGGAUGCCAAAAGAGAAGGCAAGAACCAGCGACACACAACCCCAAGAGCCACAAAAUUCAGCUUUUUUGAAGCAUCUUGAUUUCCUGCUGUCGCCGUCAUCAAUGGCUCAGCCAAAUAGUCAGCAAACCUUGCUAUCCUCUGCUCCAAGCCAAACUGGGACAAAUCCAUCUUUAGCAUCAAGUCGCGAACUUCGCGAUUCUGAAAUCUCCAGUCAACCAAGUGGCCAUGUUGAUAGUAUUGAUGGUCAUGCUUCCGCAGCUGAAACUGAAAUUAUGUCACUGACAGAUGGAAUAAGGUUUUACCCCCGCAAAGGCGAGUCUCACAUUGCCACAUUCGGGAAGGGAAAUCUAACGCUUGAUGCUUUGAGUAAAACAUCCUCAUCUGAUGAGCCACUUGACGCUGGCUCUUUCCAUGAAAGAGAACUACACACCCUCAGCGUCACUAAUGCAGCCAAAAACCCCACCCGGCAAAGAGGGAAAAGCCUUCACAGCUUCGAUGCAAAAACGAGAGUACAGAAUUUAGAGGAAAAUGGCUCAACUAUCUCUCCAGUGAAGAGCGAUCCUGGAACGAAAGUUAGCUCUCCUCUUAACGAAAAAGAUGACGCAGCCGACUUGAGCGGCAAAGAUGUUUCAAAAGACGUUUCCAAGGACGCUUCUAAGUUAACGGAACCAAACAGCGAAGAAAAAUCUCGGAAAAGAUCAAGUACAUUUAGGAUCAUGUGCCCUCGGCCUUCAUCACCUAGUUUAUCAGCGCUCAAGGUAAUUCCCACAAGGAGCCAAAGAAAUUCUAUGCAGCGGGCGCGGUCAUCGAGUAUCACAGAAAGCGGCUUGCACUCACCAUCGGGGCUUUCAUCAGAUGAAGAAGAACAUUCCCUCGUCGAAGGAACGGACAAGAAAAUCCACAAGCCACACAUUUCAGAGAAAAAGAACAAUGAGUUUCAUGCGCUCUUUAAGGAUUCUGGGAUUUCACCGGAUGAACAGCUGUUAGCAGAUUACAGUUGCGCUUUCUCGCGUGAUAUUUUGCUUCAGGGGAGGAUCUAUAUUUCAAGAGAGCACAUAUGCUUCAAUUCUAGCAUUUUAGGAUGGGUCACAAGCUUUGUUAUUCCGUUUAAAGAGGUUGUUCAAAUUGAAAAGAAAUCUACCGCAGGUAUAUUUCCUAAUGGCAUAGUAUUCCAAACAUUGCAUUCUCGGUACAUUUUUGCCUCUUUUAUGUCUCGCGAUUCGGCCUUCGACUAUAUCACUCACGUCUGGAACCACGUCGUUGUUGGUACCGAUGGCAGCGGAUCUCCAAACGGAACGUCAGGAAGCGUAGGCUCCAAUAGUCGAAAGAGAACAAUGAACUCCAACUUUGAGCUCGAGACUGAGGGCGCAGGUAGACUUCUAUCUGAUGGCUACUCAAGUGGAGAUGAAACUUCUGACGACGAAUAUGAAGACGAAACUGAUAUGACCACCAGCGAUGGAGAAAUGUCUCAUACGGUUCGGUCUGCUAGUGCCAGCUCUUCUCAAUAUGAUUUUGAAACAACAAAUAAAUCAAGUGUGUGGACUUUGGGUCCUUCAAAGCAUGCUCCCACUUCUUACGACCUAGAUGAUGCUGACAACCGAGUGGUUGCGGAAACGGUAUUUGAAGCACCUCUAGGGAAAAUUGUCAAUAUUCUCUAUGGAGAUGAUGUUUCAUACACAGAACAGAUCUUAAAAGCGCAGAAGAAUUACAAUAUAUCGAAUAUCCCAACGAUACUGGGGACGAAAGAGAGAAAAUAUUCGUAUACCAAACCUUUAGCUGGCGCGAUUGGUCCCAGUAAAACAAGCUGCGAAAUCACAGAAAGUUUAGAGCAUUAUGAUUUGGAAGACUAUGUCAAAGCCGUGCAGUUAUCAAAAACUCCCGACGUCCCCUCCGGAAAUCUGUUUGUUGUUAAAACUUCAUUAUACCUUUCCUGGGCGCCACGAAAUUCCACGAAAUUAACUGUGGUGGUAUCUAUUGAGUGGUCAGGAAAAAGUUGGCUGAAGGCAGCCGUAGAAAAAGGGACAUACGAUGGUGUAACCAACACCACCAAGACUUUGAUCGAAGAGGUCAACAAAAUCAUCCAAAUUACGGACAAGAAGUCAGUAAAGACACCACCAAGCGAAGGAGAAGCAGAAGUACCUAAUUUGCCCACAGCUGGACCAUCGGAACACGCCAGCACCUCUUCACACUACACUAAGGAGGAUGGGGAUGUUACUAUUGACGAUACAAUAGUAAUACCAGCUCCUUUGGGCACUGUUUACCAAUUACUCUUCGGAAGCGAUACUUCUUACGCUCAGAGAAUAAUUGAGAAGCAGGGAAACUACGACUUGACUUCUGUUCCUAAGUUCAAGAACGAUGUAAGGGAAUAUCAGUAUAUGAAGCCACUUAGCGGCCCCGUGGGACCCAAGAAGACUAAAUGCUUAAUCGAAGAAAAGAUCGAACAUAAAGAUUUUGAAGACUAUGUCGUGGCUCGUCAAAUAACGAAAACCCCAGACGUCCCAUCCGGCUCGUCAUUUUCCGUACACACGAAGUUCCACAUUUACUGGGGUCCAGAUAAUUCAACGCGCAUAUUGGUCGUAUCCAAGGUGGUUUGGACCGCCAAAAGUUGGAUAAAAGGUGCAAUAGAGAAAGGAUCACUCGAGGGGCAGAAAUCUUCAAUAAAAGUUUUAGAGCAGGAGCUUAAGGACAUUGUUUCAAACGCUGGAAAGAUUAAGAAAACUCCUGCGAAGCGGAGCCCUAGGCCUCGGGGUAAAAGACAGAGAACUUCAGAAAAAGCCCCAAUAGUUGACAGCUCCGCCUCCUCAAAGGGCAACACCUCAUUCACUUCUAUCUUGAAGCAGUUCUUCAAUGUUUCUCUCAGCUCCUAUCAGAUGCUCGGGGUCAUUUUUGUCCUAUUUCUCGUUUUUGGUGCGACAGUUAGAGCAUUCAUGGGUGGCAACAGUAACUCUUUCAGAGUUGUAAAGCCAGGACGCAUUGUAAUAGAUGGUAACAGCUAUAAUUACGCGCCGACAUUGAACACCCUUUAUGGGGCCUACGAACAAGAAGUGAGGUCAAGAAAAAGUGUCUCACGGUCGCCGAAUAUUGUUACGAGCUCUGAAGGCGAGAUUUGGGAGUGGAUAAAAGAUCGAGGAAAUAUCUUACCAGAAGACCACUCCAAGAAGUCCGCAAGGAAGCGGCUCACAAUCCAUAAAAGGCAGGAAUUAGAGGAAGCCGUGCGCCUCGCCGAGGACAAACUGAAGGAGCUGAAAAUUCAGUUGAACGACUCACGACUGCCCUAG